AGAGGAAAGUACAAAACAAGCUCCAAAUAAAACUCUAUGGAGAAAACAUAGAAGAGGUACAAGUAUUUAAAUAUUUAGGAAUAUGGUUUGAUAAAAAUAUUAACUGGUCAACCCACAUCAGCAAGAUACUGGAGAAAAGUAAAAAGGUGUUAAAUAUAAUGAGGGCUUUGAGGGGUAAAGAUUGGGGGGCUGAUAGGUUGACAUUGAAAACAAUAUAUAUCACUUUAAUUCGGUCUGUUAUCGACUACGGGUGCAUUAUUUAUCGAUCUGCUUCAAAAACUCUACUUGAGAAAAUAGACCGGAUCCAGUCGCAGGCGUUAAGAUUAUGUUGUGGAGCUACAAAAACUACUCCAGUGGCAGCAUUACAAGUAGAAAUGAAUGAAAAACCUUUGGACAUGAGGAGAGAUCAACUCUCAGCAGUUUAUUGGGCAAACUUAAAAGGAUCCAAGCAAGGACAUCCAACCCGUCAAGUGCUAAUAAAUUGCCAAGAAAAAGGGAAGAAAAAAAUGAAAAGUUUUGGGUGGAUAAUAGGAGAUAUAUGUAAAAAAACACAAAUUGACAAUAUUAAAGUGAGCCCUACAGUACCAAUUCCUGCAAUACCACCGUGGAUGUAUGACAACCCAAAGGUAGACAUGCAGUUACUGAAGAAUAGACAUUUAAAUAGUUACCAAAUAGAACAACGGGUUGAGGAAAUGUUUUUUGAUAAUAUUAUGAUAUACACAGAUGCAUCAAAAACUAUAAAUAGUAAAGUAGGAGCUGCUGCAGUUAUCCCACAGAGAAAUAUAGUGUUGAAUAAAAGAAUUAGUGAUAAACUAUCUGUUUUUACGGGGGAAUUGGUAGCAAUUUAUAUGGCAGUUAACUGGAUAGAGGAAAACAAAGCUAGGAAAGUAGUCGUGUGCUCGGACUCCAGCAGUGCAUUGACGAGCAUAAAAAACAUAACAUCAGAAACAAGACUAGAUAUAGUUUAUGAAAUAGUUCAGGCAAUCUACAGAAUAAAUAAAGCGGGAGGUGUGGUAACAUUUCUCUGGGUUCCUGCUCAUGUAGGAGUUGAGGGAAAUGAGUUAGCUGAUAGAUACGCAAAACAAGCAAGCACUAAAACAAAAGUAAACAUGGAGAUUAAGCACAGUAAAGAAGAAGUGAAGAGCAUAAUUAAGAUAGAACACAAUAAAAAGUGGCAGGAUAAUUGGAAUAAGGAAACAAAAGGUAGAGAGUUUUACAAAGUCCAGAGGAAAGUAGGUGUCAUGAGAGGAGGGGGUAGAAAUAGGAAAGAAGAAGACAUUAUUACUAGAAUGAGAUUAGGCCAUACAUAUCUAAAUAGUUCACUAAAAUUGAUAGGCAAACAUACUACAGGGCUGUGUGAUUUUUGCCAUCAGAUAGAAAAUGUUGACCAUGUCUUAAUACAAUGUAGGAAAUAUAAUAGAGAAAGAGAAAUAAUUGAAAAUAAGUUAGCAAAAGAAAAUAUUAGGUUAGAAGUGGGAGAUAUAUUAGGAUUGCAUUCAGAAAACAUAGGAUAUAAAGCAAUAUACACAUAUUUAAAAAACACUGGGUUAAGUAAAAGAAUAUAGAGUAGGGAUCCACCUCGGUCCACACUCCAUUACAGUAGGUGGCGGUAAUGCACACCAGAAGGUUGCUUGCCAACCGCCAUAAAAACAAAAGAAGAAGAAGAAGAAGAUAGGAAGAAUAUAUUCCACUCCUCUCUUCUACACGCGGCUUUAGAGACGUCCAACAGAUGAACGCUCGUCAAGAAGAACGUCCUCUUCAGCAGCAGGAGGAUCCACAGCCCCCCCACAUUAAAGAGGAAGAGGAAGAUCUCUGGGUUACUCAGGAGGAAGAGUUUCUUUCAGGGCAGGAUGAGGCUGAUCUCAGCAAGUUUCCACUGACUGUUGUCUCCGUGAAGACUGAACAGCAUGAAGACAAACCACCUGAGUCCUCACAGCUUCAUCACAGUCCAAAGACAUCGAGAGGAAAGAUCCACCCAAACGACCCACUUCAGUUGCAGACAUAAUGAGACAUGUCUCCGUAGAUGAAUGUGAAAAUGACAGUAAUUACAGUCCACCAGCAGAGGGAGCUCAUCACUAGUACUACUGCGUGGAGGCUGGCAUGUGGUACAUUAUUUGCUGUGUGUGUAUCACUUAUUCAGAGGGAGAACAGCACACUUUCACAUACGGCGUCUACCAAUAAAAAUUGCAGGAAUGACUUUUAGGAUGUUUUUAUAUGAAUAAGGUGGAUUGGACGUUGGCCUUGGAAGGCAUUCUCCUGAAGGUGUUCUUCAUGUGUCAGCUGGAAGUACCCUGACUGCUGUGAGGGGAAACUAAAGAGAUUACCUCAGUGAAGAACAUCUUCCUCAUGAGCUGGAGGAAGAAUCACAGUCCCCCCACAUACACGAGGAAGAAGGGGUACCACAUUCCCAACACAUCAAAGAGGGAGGAGAGGAGCCACAGCACCCCCCCCCCCCACACACAUUAAAGAGGAAGAUGAGACACCACAGACCCAUAGUGUUAAACUGACCCUUCACAUUAAAGGGCAAGCGGAGGACCCACUGAUCUUACACAUCAAAAAGGAAGAGGAGGACCCACUGAUCUUACACAUCAAAAAGGAAGAGGAGGACCCACUGAGCUUACACAUCAAAGAGGAAGAGGAGGACCCACUGAGCCCUCCCUUUAAGGAGCAAGAGAACCCACUGACCCCUCACGUUAAAAAGGAAGAGGUGGACUCACUGACCCUCUACUUGGGCAAAGGUGAAAGUGAGGAGAACAGAGAGGCGGAGCCUCCAAGCAGCAGCUCAACACAACACAUGACAACAGAAGCUGAUGGAGACCACUGUGGAGGAUCACAAGCAGACAAGCUCUUAGCUCCACUAUCAGAUAGUGAGGACACAACGUCACACUCUUCUGACAGGGAUGGCGAAAAUUCUAAUGAUGAUAAGACAUGUCACACUGACAACACUCACCUCAAAUGUUCUCACUGUGACAAAACCUUUAAAUACCAUUGUCAUCUGAAAACACACACAAGAAGACACACUGGAGAAAAACCUUUUAUAUGUUCAAUACGUGGUAAAGGUUUUGUAGAAAGUCGCUAUUUGAAAGUACACAUGAGAAGUCACACGGGUGAAAAAACUUUUUCCUGUUCAAUCUGUGGUAAAUGUUUUGUUCUCAGUCACAAUUUGAAAGUGCACAUGAGAAGACACAGUGGUGAAAAACCUUUUUCCUGUUCAACCUGUGGUAAAGGUUUUACACAAAGUCAACAUUUGAGAAGACACAUGAGAACACACACUGGAGGAAAACCUUUUUCCUGUUCAACCUGUGGUAAAGGUUUUACACAAAGUCAUGAUUUAAAAGUACACAUGACAGCACACACUGGUGAAAAACCUUUUUCUUUAACCUGUGGUAAAAGUUUUACAAAAAGUCAGAGUUUGAAAAGACACAAGAGAACACAGAAUCACAUUCCUGUUCAAUCUGCAACAGAAGCUUUUGUGACCGAUAAAACCUUGUAGCACACAUGAAAACACACUCACACUCAAACCACUCCUUACAACACUCAAAAAGCCAUGCAAUAAAUUAAGAAAUAAGACAACCUGACCAAAUCCUUCAAAAAAAUUACAUUAACGAAAAAAUAGAGGAAAAUCCAAAUAAGCCACGUGAGCUCUGGAAAAUGCUCAACAACUAGCUUCCUGGAUGCAGCCAGAAACAUAAAACCAGACUCAACACCAUCCACAUCAAGGAGGGUGACUCCCUCAUAACAGACAAAAUGGAGGUAGCAAGCAGACUUAACACCUUUUUCACCAGCAUAGCCACAACUCUAGUAAACAAGCUGUCCCACCACUCUGGUUGCUUUGGUGUAGAACACAUUAAAGCCUUCUACAGAAGGCUAGGAGUAAUCAACAACAAUUUCAAAUUAGAAAUGGUCUCAGCUAGCGAGGGGCUGAAUAAAUUGAGCGCGCUCCACCUAAACAUGGCCACCGGCCUUGACAAUAUCCCCUCCAGAUUCUUCAGGGACUCUGCCACCACCAUUGCCCCAAUAUAAUAAAUCUCUCAAUCAAACAAGGCCAAGUACCUAAGGGUUUCAAGAUAGCAAGAGUAACCCCCCUUUAUAAAAAAGAAAGCAAAUUAGAACCUGGUAACUACCGACCUGUUUCUAUUCUCAGCUCCAUUUCGAAAGAAAUGGAAAAAAUAGUUUAAGAACAGGUUGAUAGCUAACUUGCUACUAAUAAACUAAUGUACAAAUUCCAAUCCGGCUUCAGAACUAACCACUCCACUGACACAUGCCUUCUCUAUCUGACCGACCACAUCAAACAUGAGGUGGACGCGGGCAAAUACUGCGGCAUGGUCAUGCUGGACAUUCAGAAAGCCUUUGACAUCGUUAACCACGCUAGACUGUUGGACAAGCUCAGAGCAAUCGGAUUCGAUAAUACCUCAUCGAGCUUGAUGGGGAGGAAACAGGUGGUAGAGGUGAAUGGCACCGUGUCCCCUCCCCUCUCAGUAAGCUGUGGAGUCCCCCAAGGCAGUAUACUAGGACCUUUACUGUUCUUAAUAUACGUAAAUGACAUGCCAUCAGCAUGCUACUGUGAAUUGUUCCUGUUUGCGGAUAACUCGUCCCUGCUGGUAUCCUGCAAGGACAAGUCACAGGUGGAACAAAUCCUCAGUGCUGAACUCCUUAAUAUUUGCACCUGGCUCGCUGACAACAAGCUAUCCAUACACUUGGGUAAAACGGAAUCCAUCCUAUUUGGGUUCCACAUCAACCUUAAAGGCCUACUGAAAUGAGAUUUUCUUAUUUAAACGGGGAUAGCAGGUCCAUUCUAUGUGUCAUACUUGAUCAUUUUGCGAUAUUGCCAUAUUUUUGCUGAAAGGAUUUAGUAGAGAACAUCUACGAUAAAGUUCGCAACUUUUGGUCGCUAAUAAAAAAGCCCUGCCUUUACCGGAAGUAGCAGACGAUGAUGUCACCGGUGUGAGGGCUCCUCACAUCCUCACAUUGUUUAUAAUGUGAGCCUCCAGCAUCAAGAGCUAUUCGGACCGAGAAAGCGACAAUUCCCCCAUUAAUUUGAGCAAGAAUGAAAUAUUUGUAGAUGAGGAUAUUGAUAGUGAAGGACUAGAAAAAAAAUACAAAAAAAAAUAAAGUUAAAAAAAAAAAAGGUGAUUGCAUUGGAAGAAAUUCAGAUGGUUUUAGACACAUUUACUAGGAUAAUUCUGGGAAAUCCCUUAUCUUUCUAUUGUGUUGCUAGUGUUUUAGUGAGUUAAAUAGUACCUGAUAGUCAGAGGGGUGUGUCCACGGGUGUGUUGACGCCUGUCUCUGAGUGAAGUUACGGCAGUUGCAUGGACGGCGCAAGCUCCGCUGAUCUCCGCUGAUCUCCGCUGAUCUCCGCUGAGGCGAAUUUUUACCACAAUUUUUUCACCGAAACCUGCCGGUUCACAAGUGGUCGGGAACCAUGUUCGUUUGACCGCUCUGAUCCAUAGUAAAGCUUCACCUCUGAGAAUUUUAAACAAGGAAACACUGUGUGUUUGUGUAGCUAAAGGCUAAAGUUUCCCACCUCCAUCUUUCUACUUUGACUUCUCCAUUAUUAAUUGAACAAAUUGCAAAAGGUUCAGCAACACAGAUGUCCUAAAUACUGUGUAAUUGCACGAUGAAAAGAGACGACUUUUAGCCGCAAGUGAUGCUGGCUAGUAUGUUCCCUCCAACCAGUAACGUCACAAACACGCAUCAUCAUUCCGCUACGUUUUCAACAGCAAACUCCGCGGGAAAUUUAAAAUUGUAAUUUAGUAAACUAAACCGGCUGUAUUGGCAUGUGUUGCAAUGUUAAUAUUUCAUCAUUGAUCCAUAAACUAUCAGACUGCGUGGACGGCAGUAGUGGGUUUCAAUAGGCCUUUAAGACAGUCGGUGACUUCACUAUAAAAGUGAGUGACAUUGUUGUCACAAGGAAAAAAGAGAUCACCUAUCUAGGUUCCAUUCUAGAGGCUAAUCUUUCAUGUGAUAAAAUGGCAACCAAGGUAAUCAAAAAGGUCAACCAAAGAACGAGAUUUCUCUAAGAUUCUCCUCUCUGGUCAACAAAAGCACCUUGAAGAUUCUAGCGGGAACUCUCGUUCAACCUUUUUUCGAUUACGCUUGCACCUCCUGGUACCCCAGCACCUCUAAAACCCUCAAAUCUAGACGGCAAACAUCCCAGAACAAGCUAAUCCGGUUACUUUUAGACCUCCACCCCAGAUCACACCUCAAUCCAACCCACUUCUCCAAAGUGGGCUGGCUCAGGGUGGACGACAGAGUGAAAAAACUUGCAUUGAGCCUAAUCUAUAAAAUCCGCUACUCCUCCCUAAUACCAAAGUACAUGUCAAAUUACUUCCUUAACGUAUGACCGCCAUAACCAAAACACCAGGGGGAGCUCCACAAACCACGUUAAACCCUGAUUCCGAUCUAACAAAGGUCUUAACUCAUUCUCUUUCUAUGCCACAUCAAUGUGGAAUGCCCUCCCAACAGGUGUAAAAGUGAGUGCAUCUCUAUCCUCUUUCAAAACCGCUCUAAAACAACACUUCCUGGCAACUUCAACCCUUUACUAAUACCCUCCCCCCUUCACAUCCCAUCUUCCCGGAUUGGUAAAUAACCAAAUGUAAAUAAUCAAAUGUAUUUCUAAUGUAUAUACUUGUUCUUAUGCUAUCUGAACUCACUAUGUUCUCUGCUGCCUGUACAUAUCCUACUAAGUAAGACCUACACUGUUUCAAUGUCCUUUUCUCUGUUGAUGCAAUUGUUGAUGACUGACGUACUGAUAUCGACAAAGCUCCUCAUCCCACCCCCCGGAUUGUAAAUAAUGUAAAUAAUUGAAUGUAUAUACUUUGAUGAUUAACCUGUGUGAUGACUGUAUUAUGCUGAUAGUAUAUAUUUGUACCAUGAAUUGAUUAACGUGGACCCCGACUUAAACAAGUUGAAAAACUUAUUCGGGUGUUACCAUUUAGCGGUCAAUUGUACGGAAUAUGUACUGUACUGUGCAAUCUACUAAUAAAAGUCUCAAUCAAUUGAGCAGUGGUGUUUUAUACAUGAUCAAUUACUUUUAACAUGUGUGACUUUAUGAAUCACUUGUUGGGUCUCAAUAAUCCAUUCCUUUAAUCAUCUUUAUUACUCUCUUUUGUAAUAUGUAUAUUGUUGUAUAUGUAUGUCCCCUUUAUGCAAUAUGUAGAUUAGAAAAAAUGGCAACAUUACAUGUGCAAGGUUAUGAAGGAUAAUUUUGUUUUUAAUAAUCUACAUUUUUUUAUUUAAAAAAAACUACA